AUGGCGGUCGUCAUGAUUGAGGAUAUACGAACAGAGUUUCUGGAACAAAUUAGAACAACCUUUUCGCCCACAUACAAGCCGUUUAUUACUACUCACUCUGACCCAUGGGUAUGGGCCACACCAAGCCCGAGCUUACUGGACCGACUCCUACUGACCGACACGCUUCCGGGUAGAACAAAGUACAAACUAGGAUUGUCCUCCAAACCCAGUGGCGAGUUGUAUAUCAAAUCUGUUUGUUACUUUUGUAACAAUGGGAAUCCUCAGUUGGUAGAGCAUUCACUCGCUGAACCAAAUCAUGACUUCUUCCGCGACUAUUUUCGCAAUCUGAACGGAAAAUUAUUGAGGAUAUCGUUCCCAGCGAUACAAUGGAUAAUCGAGAUUGACCCCAGGGUAUCAGUCAACAAUGCGAAGCGUGGAAAGUGGAAGCCAUUAUUUGAUGAUUUUCUUGUGAAAUCAUUUAAUUUUACAUAUUACAUGUUUCUCACCACGGGGAAAGGGUCUGGGAAACAAUUCCCAAAUGGAACUUGGACAGGAGUUGUUGGUGACCUUUUGUACGGCAAGGCGGAUGUUGGAAUUGCCACGGCUAAUGCACCUGAUAGAAUUCACCACAUCACCUUCACCAAUUCUUUCUUCGAUAAGAACGAACUCAGCAUCUUCACAACGUCAGGAGUUAGAAUAUUUAGUCCGCUCGCGCUAUUGUGGUCGUUUGACACAUUGUCCUGGAUGUUUAUUGGGAUCGCUACUGUCAUCGUGAUUCUGACGUUCAGCUUUAUUUCAUGGUUUUACGGGUAUCAUUUCGAUGUGAAAGAGCCUGGUGGUCUUGUCAUCGCUAAAGAGGAGAAAAAUAUUCCCUUAACCAACCAUACAUUUUUCGUCCUUACGAGCUACCUCAAUCAAGCCUCCGCCAUACCAAAAUUUGCAGCAUUUCGAUGUUUUGUAGCCUUCUGGCUCUUUUUUACACUGAUAAUCACUACAAUCUAUAGGUCCAAAAUGGUUGGAUUUCUCGCGUUUCCACUGUACGAGUCACUUCCACAAACAUAUCGUGACUUGGCAUAUUCCAACUUUACCCUUGGUUUCGUCAUGGAGGGUGACUCUGCCCUCAACACGUUCAAAGCAUCAAGAGAUCACGUUUAUGUAAAACUGAUCAAGAAAAUGGAGAUUAUUCCUUUAAACGCGUUAAACUGUGUGGAGCGUAUUCUCAAGAGGGCAGGAUAUGCUUGCAUAUCGUACACGCAAUCUAUGGAAUACGUCAAAACGAAAAACUUGUCAUGUUCGGAAUCAAGAAAGUUGAUCCGGGCUAAAGAGACGACUUAUAGCAUUUUUGUGGGUUUGGCUCUCACAGGAGGAUCAAUUUACAAGGAGGGAUUCGAUCGAAUGAUUGCUCGCACGAGAUCAUUUCAUUUACCCGAAGUGUGGAAAGUCUUCAACUUGUAUCACAAUGUGUAUCUGCCAAAGCGUGCUUGGUGGCUUGAAACUAACAAUUCAGAAAAGUUGAGACAGACAUCGAAAGCGGAUGAAAACGAUGACCUAACACUGAGACAUAUCUCUGGAGCUUUUUACGUUCUUGCUGGUUGUCUCGCGCUCUGCCUUGUCUUCUUUACAAUGGAGGUAAUCACUUAUUGGUUGAAGGCCUACAAGGUCACUAAAAUGAACCAUGCCGCGCCUGUUAGCAAGAUUGUGACACCUUGCCCCAUUUAA